AUGACCGCCGCCUUUUUCAAGGCCGCCCUAGGCAGCAUGGUCGACACCUCUGCCGCGCACAAUCUGGAUCAGCUCUGCAACGCCUGGCGCUCCAACGUGAUUGUCUCCAGCCAGAUGCGCCCGACGUGCAAGGGCUCUCUCCGCAAGAUGAUCACGCGCUCGUUGGACACGACUGAGCGCGCAUCCAACGCUUUGCGAUCUGCUCAUCGAAGCGCCGCUGCUGCUGGUCGACUCGCGCCGGCGGUGCACGGUCGUGACAUUGCAAAUUCUGCGCCCGAGACGCCAGGCCGCGGCGUGGCCCAGGGCCGCGGCGCGGCCCAAGGUAGAGGAGCUCACAUGAAGCCCAGAUCACAUCAACAAGCAUACCUGCAUGAGCUCCAGAACUCCCUUUACCAGGACGAAUUCGACAAGACGACCCUCAAGCGCAUGAAGUCUUGGUUCCCCAGACUAGGUUGGCGCGCAGUCGGAGCCGUUGCCUUGCCAUCUAUUCCAUGGCCCACCCUGUCGCGGCAGCACAGCGGGGACUGGAAGAAGCAACUUCUGAACACCGAGCCCGCCGCCGCUGGCUUGCUGCUGAAGGUCCUACACGAGAUGGAGAUCGACGGCUACCUGACGGUGCCGCGCGUGGGGGUAGCCUGCGCGUGGACGACUAGCUACCGCGUGCACGUGCACCCGCACACGCACGACUGCCUCCUCGGCUGCCCCACCAGCGAGAGCAAUCGCGACAUCGGUGACAUAUCGCACUACCUCACAUGCCCCAGCAUGUGGUCGCACGUCUGCCAGCCUCGCGGCAUAGUCUCUGCCAGCAUCCUGGCCCGCAUGGGCCUCCACGGCGGGACCCAAGACGGCGAGAACGACAUUCGUCGCGCCAUCACGCGCCUGGCGGCGUCGUUCAAGGCAUGCAACUUCCUCCGCGCCCAAAACGCGAUGACCUCCUACCCGGACUCCAUCAACGAGGUCAGGGCCGUGGCCACCCCGAACUCCGAUCAGUUCAAGAAGAGCGCCGCGGCCGUGGCCGCCUCGCGUCGCGCCCGGAGGCUGGACUUCCACCCCACCCUCAAUCUGGAUGAGCGCAGCCUGAACAACCGAGACGACGACGACGGCGGCAGCGGCGACGACGACGACGACGUCAUCGGCGACGACGACGUUGACGGAGGCGGCAGCGGCGGCGGCGGCGGCGGCGACGACGACGACGACGACAACGACAUUGGCGGCGGCAGCGACGUUGACGACGAGGCCAACGACGACGCUGACGCCGACGCCGACGACGACGUCGACGACGGCGACGGCGACGGCAAUGUCGACGGCAAGGGCGACGACGACGGCGAAGGCGAUGACGACGACAACGCCGACGACGACGUCGACAACGGCAUCAGCGGUUGGGGCGGCAGCGACCACGGCGGCGACGACGACGACGUCGGCGACAACGACGUUGACGGCGGUGGCGGUGGCGGCGACGACGACGGCGAUGACGACGACAUCGACGGUUGGGGCGGUGACGAUGCCGACGGCGACGAGGACGACGACGACGGCGACAGCGGCGACGACGACGUCAUCGGCGACGACGACGUUGACGGAGGCGGCAGCGGCGGCGGCGGCGGCGGCGACGACGACGACGACGACAACGACAUUGGCGGCGGCAGCGACGACGACGACGAGGCCAACGACGACGCCGCCGACGCCGACGACGACGUCGACGACGGCGACGGCGACGGCAAUGUCGACGGCAAGGGCGACGACGACGGCGAAGGCGACGACGACGACAACGCCGACGACGACGUCGACAACGGCAUCAGCGGCAGCCCCCCGGGGCUAGCCGGCCUCGGCCACGUCGCUCUCGCCAUCGCGAGGAGGCCGCCACGGGGCUCGCUGGGCACGGCCCGCCUGCGUGCCCCGGCCGCCGAGUCCGUCGGCGCCUCGCCGCCUGCGGGAGGCGCCGCCGCCGACGGCGCACGGCAGAAGGUGGGCGCGCCCCUCAGCGGGGAGCUCGUGCCGGCCGAGGGCCGGCGCUUCGCCCUGCGGCCGGACCCCGCGGGGCCCGCCGGGCAAGAGCCCGACGCAGGGUGGCGGAGGCGCCUGCUGGGCGACAUGACUGGCGCCAUCAGGAGGGGCCAGGAGCAGGUCGUCAUGGUCUUCUCCCGCUCGGGCUGCCCGUGGUGCGACAGGCAGCUGCCCGCGCUGGAGCGCGCCAUCCAGGGCCGGGCCGGGUCGGAGGCCCUCGCGGCCGCGGCGGCCCCGCAGCCGGCGCCCGACGAGGCAGGCCCGCCCGCCUCUGCGGGGCCGCCCGAGCUCCCGGGCCGCGCGGCGGCGGGCCCCGAGCACGCCGCCGCGGGGGCGCCGCCGAGCGCGCCCCUCGCGCCGCUGCGGGUCUUCGUGUUCGACUCGGGCGAGUUCGCCUCCCUGGCGCAGGUGUUCAACGUGGAGGCGUUCCCGACGACGAUCGCAUGGGGCGCCCCUGGCGUGACGCCGAUGGCCGCCCAGGGGUACCUGGACGACGCGAACCUCGACAAGCUGCUGCGCACGGUGGCGCAGGCGGCACCGGGGGAGCUCGGGGGCCCGAAGCGGAAGGGUCUGUUCCGGUGA